ACACAAACAUAAGACGGGUUCUAAAAUAUUAUCAAAUUGAUAAAAAAUAAAAUUAACUAUCCAGAAUUUUUUAGUGAAUGUCAAUAAUGUUUUUGUUACACUAAAUAAAACGCUUUAUUCCGAGUGUAAAAUUGCGCAUGCGUGAUGUGAUUUUCAGUCUGGAGGCUCUAGAUUUGAAUCGAUUCGUUUUUUAUUGUUCGACAACAUUAGGUAGAUAGAUCUCAGAUCGUUGUUCAGUAACAGGAGACCAAUACAACUAUCUCACAUUUAACCGAAUAUUUAAUAGGCUAAGAUCAUCUGUCAAAAAUGAACAUCAUGAGACAUAAGUUAAUAAGUUCAAGAUGGAAAUGUAUUAUUAUUGUUUCAAGUAUUUUCUUGACAUUAAAUACCGUGGUAUUUGGAGUGCCAUUAAGUAUGUCAUAUUCAAAUCAAGAAAAUAUUAUGAAUGAACAUUUAGUACACGAAAAAGAAUACGAUAAAAAACUUGCUAACACAAGCUGUAUAGUCAAUGGUUCAAAAUAUGGAGAAGGUGAAUAUACACCUGGAGCAGGUCCAUGUGAAGAAUGUAUUUGCCAUCCACCAAAUGUUGUAUGUUCAAUGAUGAAAUGUCCAAUAAAUACUGGUUGCAUUACAAUUCAGUUACCAAAUAAAUGCUGUCCAAAGUACAAAUGUGAUUGUGAACAUAAAGGUAAACAGUAUAAUAAUGGAGAAAAAAUUAAUAAAUCUGAUGAAUCAGAAUGUAGAGUGUGUUUUUGCAAUGGUGGAGAAAUAGUAUGCACUUCUAUUGUAUGUUACACUAGAAAUGACUGUCAAGGAUAUUAUUUACCAGGAGAUUGUUGUCCUAAAUAUGAUAAUUGCUCGUCAACUUCAAUAGAACAAAAACCAAAAGAAUCAAUGAGUUCUAAGAAAUCGAAUAAUAGAAAUAUUGAUUACUGGUCACAUACUACAGAACAGAAUUACUACGAUGACAGCAUUUGGAAAAGAGAUACAGUAAAAAUUCAAAAACAAGAAUUGACUACAGUUACAAAUUUUGUGACAAAAAUGCCUAUAUAUGAAACUGAUAAAGUAAUUAGCGACAUACACACUUCAUUACCAAAUAAUUAUUUUGAAGAAUUAGAUGCUUCAACAUCAGAUUCAAUACUUGAAAAAAAUAUUAGUUUCAAAGAAUCAGAUGAUGUUAAUGAUUUAGUAACUGUGGGUGAACUCUUUGAAAAUUCAAAAACUUCAUUUUUAGGUUUUGAAAUAGAUAAUUUUACAACAAAUGUAGAAACCACUGAUACAAGCUUUAUAACAAACAAUACAACUUCAGAAAUUGUACCUCAAUUUGAAGAAUUAUUUGAUACUACAACAAAUAUUGAUAAUUCAGUAAUAAUAACUGAUCAAAAUGGUACUGAAACUAUUAUAGGGUUGACAGAGGAACCGGCUACUGAAGAAAUUAGUAACUCAGCACCUGAAACAAGUAGUACUCAGGUUGAAAUUUUUAAUCCAAAUGAUUUAAUAUUAGAUACAGAAAAACCAAUGAUUGAACUUUCCACUAUAACAUCUGAAAUUGACGUAACAACUGAAAUGGAUUAUGAAGGGUCAAGGGAAGCAACUACACCAAGAUCACCUGAUAAAUCAACAAUUGGUACACCUCAUAAAUUAAUUAUGGACACUCUACAAAAAACAAUUGAGGAUGAAAUAAAUACAGAAAAUACAUUUACAGAUUUAGAAGAUACAACAGAUAUGUUUGGACCAAAUUUUGGCUAUAAAACACAAACACAUCAGAUUUCCUUUGAUUCAAAUUCAGAUAGCACACAAAUUAAAAAAAAUAUUUAUACAACAAUGUUACCUAACAUAUUAACAACCUUAAAAAAUAUAAAAGAAACAACCACAGAAUCUCCCCAAAAUGAAUUACUCAAUAGACCAUUCAGUAAUUCAAAGAUAAAAAAAAUUAAAAAUAAUAUUUCAGAAAAUAAAGAAUAUAAUCUAAAAAAUGUAUCUGUUAAUACAAAUAAUGCAACUGAAAUGUAUAAUGACACUAAUUUUCUGGAAUUAGAGCAAAAUAAUGCUGAAUCGUGUGUAAAUAAUAGUUGUACCAAUUCUUCAAAACUAAAUGAUGAACUAUUCGACCCUCAAUCAGAGUUAACUUCAACUACUCCUUUUAUUAUCGAAACAAAAUUAUUACCAAUUCAAGACUCUAUUCGUUCAGUUAUUAAAAAAAUCACAUAUCCUAAAGAAUAUCCUGACGAAUUUGAAACAAUUCAAAAUGGACCAUCUUUGACUAUAACAAAAAGUACAUACACAAGCAUCCCAGACAUAGUUUAUACGACAACAACAAUGGUUACUUUGCCAACUUUAGAUUUAAUUUAUAAAGCUGAUAAAGAAAUUGAGAAAUAUUUAGAUGGAAUUCAAUCAACAACUAUUAAACCAAAUAAUAGUUUAGGUCCACUUCGAAAUGUAUCAUUUUUAAACUCAACUUAAAUCAAGUUGAAUGUUUGUAUGGUGGCGUUAAAAAUAAUUUAAAAUCCAUGAAUACUCGGUUUCUUACCAAUGGUUUGAGUUAUUUUAUCAACCAGUAAACAUACAAGUAUCCAUGGAUUUAAAACUGUUUAAACGCAAUCAAACAAUCUUACUAAUUGUUAAUUCAAUACCUCCAUAAUUAUAAAUGUAUAGUAUGUAUAAUUGUUCUUAAAAUAUAAUAUUAUAAUAUGAUCUGUAUUACUUAUUAAAAGUAUAUCUACUAUAAAUAGAUCAAAAUAUAUUAUAUAGAUAAUAAUUUAUCUAAUAACUAACUCUAUGAUGUUAUACAUGUUAUACAGUGUUUAAACUAUGCAGUAUAAUAAUAUGAUGUAUACCUCGGGGUCCUCGAUGUACACAGAGGAAGGAAUAUUUAUAAAAUAAAAGUAUACAACUA